CUCCGGAUCUGUGACUAAGACGGCAUUUUUCAUUUCAUCUUAGAGGGACUGAGAAGCUAAGUUUCUUCUUCUCUUCUCCAUGGAGAUGGAUAUGGGAUGGCGAAUAUAAUGCGCUCUCCACCACCGUCUUGACUAAUUGGAGUUGUAAUAUUAUUAUUAAUAUACAAAAGUUUGAUUUUACUGUUUUCCUCAAAGAUAUACUUUUUUUUAUAUUCUCUCUGUAUAAGAAGAAGUAGUAGAAGUCUUUGCAUUCACUUCUCAGAGUCAUUUUAUACAAUCUCAUGAUCGUCAUAGCAGCCAUGGAAGUUGGGAAGUCUACAGUUUCAUACCCUCUCAUCAAUCUAUUAAGGGUUUGAGGGGACUAAUGGAGGAGAUUGAGGAAGCUAAUAAAGCAGCUGUUGGGAGCUUCCAUGGACUUCUUUCUCUCAUAUCUCAACAACAGCAACAAGAUCAGAAUCAUCAUUACAGGAGAAGUUUAAUGGUUGAGACAGGAGAAGCUGUGUUCAAGUUCAAGAGAGUAAUAUCUCUUCUUAACAAUACUAGUUUUGGUCAUGGCAGAGUUAGAAAACAAAGGACCAAGUUUCAAUCUCAUUUACCUCAACAUAUCUUCUUAGAUAAUCCUAAUUCUAUAACUUCAGCUAAACCUCUUCAGAUCAUCAAAACCUUGGAAAACACAAAUCUGGAGUUAGGUUCAACAACUAAAACCACCAACAACAACUCUCUACAGCUUAGUCAGAAUAUGUUUCUAGAUAAGUCAGCAGCCUUAGAGAUGAGUUCAAUUUCUAAGACUUCUCAUCUAAUUUUGCCAUCAACAGUAGCACACUACCAAUUCUUCCAGCAACAUCAGCAACUCCAACUGCAACAACAUCAGCAAAGGUUGCACCUUCAGCAGCAGCAGCAGCAACAGCAAAAGAUGAAAUUUGAAGCUGAAAUGUCGUACCGGAAGAGUGGUAGUGGUAUGCAUGUUCAAUUUGACAACCCUAGUUGUACACCCACCAUGUCAUCUUCAUUCAUAUCAUCACUGAGCAUGGAUGCAAGUGCAUCUAGUUUGGAUAGAAAACAAUUUCAUUUUAAUGGGGUGCCUCAGUCAUCUGAUCGAAACUCACAGCAGACCCCAAAAAGGAGGUGCUCCGGUAGAGGAGAAGAUGGAAGUGUUAAAUGUGGAAGUAGUGGUAGAUGCCAUUGUUCAAAGAGGAGGAAAUUGAGGGUGAAGAGAUCAAUCAAGGUGCCUGCUAUUAGUAACAAGAUUGCUGAUAUACCCCCUGAUGAGUAUUCAUGGAGGAAAUAUGGGCAAAAACCAAUCAAGGGGUCACCACAUCCUAGGGGAUACUAUAAAUGUAGUAGCAUGAGAGGUUGUCCAGCAAGAAAACAUGUAGAAAGGUGCUUGGAAGAACCUUCAAUGCUUAUUGUCACUUACGAAGGUGAACACAGUCACUCCAGGUUACUAUCUUUACCUGCCAACACAUCAUAACCGUCAUUCAUGGAGGCCUACAUCCAAUUCCACUUAGAUUUAAUAUUUUUUGUGUCCAACCCCGCCCAAGUUUGCACUGUAAAUAAUUGUGUAUGGGUUGAGUUGCAAGUGGGAUCCUCCAAGGAAACGAGAAAAAUGAACAAAGAGAAGAACGCUUGAAAUUGUUAGAACUUGGGCGUUGUUGUUUUUCUUUAUACGGGUUUUAUGAGCACUCUGUCUGUAUCCAUCUUUACACACUGGGUUUUGGUUCUAUUUUCACUUCCUGUUAAUUUACUAUAUUAAGGGCUCUACAAGUAUUCGGUGGCGACUCA